UGAUGAAGAAAAAGCUUCAAGGCAAAGUAGUGAUCGUCACCGGCGGCGCCGGCGGCAUCGGCGAGACCACUGCCUGCGCCCUGGCUGACCACGGGGCGCGCGCGGUGGUGAUCGCUGACAUCCAGGCCGAAAAGGGCCGCGCCGUGGCGGAAUCUAUCGGGCUGGAGCGGUGCAGCUACGUCCAGUGCGACGUGACGGACGAGGAGCAGGUCGCGGCCAUGGUCGAAUGGACGGCGACGACGUACGGCGGCCUCGACGUAAUGUUCAGCAACGCCGGCACCGUCAGCGGCUCCCCUCAGACCAUCCUGGAGCUGGAUUUUUCGGAAUACGAGCGCGUGAUGCGCGUGAACGCGCGUGGCAUGGCGGUGUGUGUGAAGCACGCGGCGCGUAAGAUGGUGGAGAUGGGGACGAGAGGGGCUAUCGUCUGUAUGUCAAGUGUGGUGGCGGAGAAGGCGACGGUGGACUUGAUUGACUAUGUGAUGUCGAAGCGGGCGGUGCUGGGGCUGAUGCGGUCGGCGAGCUUGCAGCUGGGCCGGCACGGGAUUCGGGUGAACAGCGUGUCGCCCGGGCUGGUGAUCACACCGCUCGCCGCGAAGUAUGGGCUGGUGACGCAGGCGGAUGUGGAGAAGCAUGUGGGGCCCUACACGAGCUUGAAAGAGGCGGCGAUAACGGGGGAGAGUGUGGCGGAAGCGGUGGCCUUUCUUGCUUCAGAUGAGGCGGCGUUAGUCACCGGGGUUGAUUUGGGAGUGGAUGCUGGGAUGAUUGCCAUGCCCUUCCAAUAAACAUGUGUACUCUCUUAGUUAUUCCAAUAAAAAAGGUAUCUACAAUGGCGGAUCCAGAAAUUCGUUAUCGUGGGGUCGAAACAAAGAUAACUAAUACUCUCUCCAUCCCGUUAAAAUAAGACGUUUUCCUUUAUAGAUUGUCUCAUUAAAAAUGAAAUGUUUCCUAAAAUAGAAACAAAA